AAGAUUGGCACAUUUGUAGAAUGUCGCAAAUUGUGUUUGAUUUUAAAGAAUGCAAAAAAAAUCUCAGAGCAUAAUUUAAUCAUAUUCAAGAGAUUAAACAAUUUGACGCUGUUUGCAUGAAAAAGUUGCUCCUCACAUACAUGAACAAAUAAUCGCGCUGGCACCGAAAACCACAAAACAAAUUAAAAGCGGUACGAAUCAACGCCAGAGUAAAUGUUUGUAUCAACCGACGGAGUAAACGGUCCGAUAUAGUAGACCAACUGAGGAGCAUUCAGUAAGCGCGAAAUUUGUGAGCAAGCAUAGUCAGAUCGAGUGCUUCACGCUCAAUAGCUGAGCGCGCAAGCGCCAUUCAGAAGUCAACAUACUCAAAGCGUCGCUCACCAAGUGUAACAUUGCUAGCAAUAGUUGACACCAACGCAAUUCAAAGUAAUCAGUAUCCAAGAGUCGGUUGGCGUGACGACGCCUUUGAAUCACCAUUCGCCAGCUUUGCUUAAAAAAUAAGAGAAAGUAAUUAACAUUAGCGUGGAAGUGAAUGCCGUAAAGAGACAUGUGCUGACGCGUCGCAAAAAAUUAACACAAAACAGAUAACAAAGAUAUUGAGAAAAACAAAAACCAUUUCUAAUUGAAAUCUUCUGCAAACUAAUUUAUUCGGUUAUCGGUCUAGUCAGUGUGUAUAUGCUAUACUAGCAUAAACUAAUUAAGGGACAGGAAACAUUGUUCCGGUCAGAAAAAGAAUAAAGUAAAGUAAAAUAAUAUCCCACCACCAGUGACCCCACCACAAGAGUAUGACAACAUCAGCAUUUAAAAGUAAGCGUAAUAACGCGGCAUCCAACGAUGCCGAAGCCGAUGGUCACAUUUCCAAUGAUGUGAAUAGCACAGAUUUAAAUCACACAAUGGAAAAAACAGAUUCUGAGGAAGAUGCUUGGUCAUCAACCGGAUACAAUUACAUAAAUCCAUUUGUUCAUCGUUUACAAAUCGAGAAUAACAUCGAUUUAGCAAAGAUUUACGUGCUAACAGUGCUUUUAAUGCCGAUUCGCGUGUUCGGCUGUCUUCUCUCACUUCUAUCCGCAUGGAUGUUCGCCUGCAUCGGCCUGUACGGCCUCACACUCGACGAUUUAAAGGCGAGACCUAUAACCGGCUGGCGAAGGCAGUUUCAACGAAUCACCUCCGGUGCAAUGCGUACACUCUUCGCUGCCGGAACAUUUCAUCAUGUCAAAUUGACUGGCGAACGUGCGUCACCGAAGCAAGCACCCAUCAUGGUGGUGGCGCCGCACUCUUCCUAUGUCGAUUCGAUCAUUGUGGUAGCAACUGGUCCACCAUCGAUUGUGGCGAAGCGUGAGACCUCCGAUAUACCACUGUUGGGCAAAAUCAUCAAUUUCGCGCAACCCAUUUAUGUGCAACGCGAGGAUCCGAAUUCUCGGCAGAACACCAUACGUGAGAUUGUAGAGCGUGCACGCUCUGAAGAGGAGUGGCCACAAGUUGUUAUUUUUUCGGAGGGCACGUGUACCAAUCGCAAGGCCUUGAUUAAAUUUAAGCCUGGUGCUUUCUAUCCAGGUGUACCUGUCCAACCAGUAUUGCUCAAGUACCCUAACAAAUAUGAUUCAUUCACGUGGACUUGGGACGGCCCAGGCGUUCUGAAACUGCUUUGGAUGACAAUGGCGCAAUUCUAUAGUCGUUGUGAAAUCGAAUUUUUACCCGUAUACACACCGUCAGAGGAGGAAAAGGCUGAUGCAAAUUUAUAUGCGAAAAAUGUGCGAGAUGUUAUGGCCAAAGCGCUUGGUGUGCCAACGUCAGAAUACUCUUUCGAAGAUGUGAUUACAAUGAGUCGUGCCAAAGAUAUGCGAGUGCCCUUCCCUGGCGAUAUUAUCGAAAUUGAACGAGUGCUUUACAAUUUGGGUUUUCUCCCAGAUUCCGUGCGUGAUCAAGAAUUAGUUGCUGACUUUCUUAGCAUAAACAAUACUGACCGUUUAGACAUAUUCACCUUUGCUGAAUUGCUGCGGAUCGACCCCAAAAAUUCGCAAUUACUCCAGCUUUUUGCAUUACUAGAUCAUCAUCACAGGUAUACAGUCAAUUUGAAGAGUUUUCUUUUAUGCUCACAGUUUUGUAAACUAAAGAACGAAGAGAUUAUCGUGUUUCUGCGCGCCAUAGCUACUCUGUACACGGAGUCAACGCAACGUAUUACACGUCAAAGCUUCGCACGCAUACUGCGGCACACGGGCAAAAUGACGCCGGAAAAGUGCGAUGCAUUAUUCUUUGCCAUCGAUAGCACGAACAAAGGCUGCAUUUCAUUUGAUGAGUUCGAACGCUAUACCAAGGAUCAUCCGCAGUACAAAUUCCUUUAUAAGAAGCAGGAGCACUUAAGGCGGACACAAGCGGGCGGAAAUGUAAAAAAGUAAAUUUAGAAAAAGUGAAAUCAAUAUAAAAAAG